AUGCUUGGCAUUCUUCUUCAAAAGGCAACAGCGACUCCAGUCAGUAGCCGAGCCGGGAUGUUGCCGAUCGUUUUAGGACUUUUGCUGCAGUUUUUUUCCUACCAUGGGCUGGCCGAAUCUACCUUCUCGGACAAAGCGUUUUCAUUGCAAGCAGCAUUGGCACCAGUGGAACACAAAAACGGAAGCAUUAACAAAUGCUGUCUUCUGACCCCUCCGCCACCCCCGAUGUUUCCGCCACCCGUCUUCAGGGAAAACAAAAGUCUUGAAGAAGUAAAUUUGAAGAACUCACCCUUGGAAAUAAAGUCAAAUGAAUCUUCAUGUAACAUAACAGGUAUAAUUGGUCCUCCUGGACCCAUAGGUCCCCAGGGUCCACGAGGAAUUCAAGGGAUUAUGGGACCAAAAGGAGCAAAUGGAGAAAUUGGAAGACCAGGAAGAAAAGGCAGUACAGGUUUACCAGGCCCCCGUGGGAUGCCAGGCUCAGUCGGAUCUCCGGGACCAAUUGGGCCCAAGGGUGAAAUGGGUGAUAUUGGAUUAACAGGAUUGCCAGGUGCUCGAGGACCAAUGGGGCCCAAGGGUUUGAUGGGACAAAAAGGCGAUAAGGGUGUAAUGGGUGAAAAGGGACAACAAGGAAUCAAAGGAGAAAUGGGUGUUAUGGGUCUUCCAGGAAUACUGGGACAAAAAGGAGAAAUGGGUCCAAAGGGAGUAUCUGGAGCCCCUGGAUACAGAGGACCUGUUGGUAGACCUGGAAAGAGAGGAAAAACUGGACUAAAAGGGGACAUUGGUCCAGCUGGAGUUAUGGGACCUUCAGGUCCACCAGGACCAACUGGUCUCCCUGGCCCUCCUGGGAGAUCUGGAUCAGGCCACUUCAUGGUUGGACCAAAGGGUGAAAGAGGACUCCCAGGGCCAGCAGGAAGAUGUUACUGCAAUCUUCCUCAAACAGUAGGCAACCCAUCAUAUAAUGAACUCCCACCUCUGAUCAAUCCUCCACAAGUCCCAGCAAUAUUUGUUGUAGAUAGUGAAGAAGAGCUGAAGAAGUUGAACACCGAAAAUGUGCUAGCCUUCCGAAAAGAUCAAAGGUCAUUGUACUUCCGGGACACAGUGGGGUGGUUGCCAGUUCAGAUCUCGCCUGUCCAGCAAAUGCCUCGACAUCCCGCAGGAUUUUGUGGAGAUGGAAUAGUUCAAGUAGAAAAUGGCGAAGAAUGUGAUGACAGUAACAAGAUUGUCACUGACAGCUGUAUACACUGCAAGCAAGCCUAUUGUGGAGAUGGAUAUCUGCAAAUUGGACUUGAAGAAUGUGAUGGCAAAGAUUUUGGUUACCAAACCUGCAACAGCUACCUUCCUGGGUCUUAUGGAGAAUUGAAGUGCACUUCAUAUUGUUACAUUGACUCCACGAGCUGUCGCUAUUUCACAUGAAUCAAAGACAUGGCUGCUGGAAUACAUCUCGCUGCAAUACAAUAUGUUCAUCUGGUGCUUCACAGAACCAACAGAAAUGGGAUGCCAAACUCAGCUUCCGUUCAGUACAACUAUAACCAGCAGCUGAAAGGCUCUUAGAUAGUCAGAUUUAUUUCAAGUGAUUGUCUGGAUGAGAAUUAGGACCAUUGCAUUUUGUCUUAAAAUCAACACCAACAACAAAGCUGCAAAAAGGAUGAUGUUUGCUUUUCCCCAAGACUAUCGAAGUAUACACAUACCUAUAUUUACUUUUUUGGAUGUCAUGUCUGAAGACUGUUUAUCCAUGUCAAUUCACAAAUCUCAGGCAGAAAUAUAAAUGAUGAGAUAUUGUUCCUCAAGAGACUGGAGUCAGUACUACCAUACCUCAACUAUGCACUGUUAAAGACUACUGUAGUUUUAUACCUAUGUUUACUCAAGGAGAAAACCGACUGAGUCCUUGUAUUGUGAUAAUACAGUAAAAUGUCAAGAAUUCAGUUACCAAACUGUGAAACUCUAUUUACUGCAUUUGCAUGAAGAUUAUAUACAGCGGCUACAAUCACAACAGCACUCUUCUGUGCCUUGAAUGCUGUGGAUCAGCUGCCACCCAAUAAGGUCUGUGUCCUUGAGAGACAUGACUAGUGCCCAAUCUUGUCUAAUGUUUCGAUGUCUCUCCCCACUACCAACUACCAAUGCUAGAAAUCUACCAAAUGAACCAAUGACAGCUCACAGCUGAAUCUGGACUGUAUCACGUGAUACAUAGAAAAGGUUCAAUCUUUGGUUGAAUACAGGUGGUGGCAGAUGUAGAAAAGGACACACAGCAUUUAAAUCUGAACAUAGGCAAAGAAGGUGUUCAUUUGACAUUCAUCAAAAUGUCCCAUGCCAGAGUAUAGUAUUGGCAACCAUCUCCUUUCACCUUGUAUUUCUAUUCUCUUACACUUUUUGAUGGGUUUGGGAUAUUUAGAGUGCUAGUUGCGGGUGCAGGAGAAAUGAUGCACAAUCAUCUCCUUCCACCCUUCACUAGCAUUUUCAUUUAGGUGUCAUAUAUCAGAAAAUGAAUGCCUUGCACUCGGAGCUGGAUCCAACCCACUGAGGCAGUACACCAGUUAGAUAAAAUGCAUGAGAUGUGGAUGUCACAAGCAAUAAACUGGCAAUUGAUAGAUAAAAGUCUGCCACAUGAAAUGUAUAUAGUAAGAAGGACAAAGUAGGUUUAAGAAUGAAUGCUUCUUUUACAGAAAAUAUUGUUACAUUUUAUGUACCUCGCAUGUCCAAGAUACUGGAACUUAUG